GUAUAGGUUAGGGUUGUGACUGCUUUGAAUGAACACUGCUUUGCGCAUACACCACGACUCAAGCCGCUUGCACUCCUCCACACCGACGAAAAACAAGACACGAUGAAGGUCGAAGUUUGCUCUUUCUCUGGCGCCAAGGUUUACCCUGGUUUUGGUCGUCUCUACGUCCGUGGAGACAACAAGGUCUUCCGCUUUGUUAACUCCAAGUCUGAGAGCCUUUUCUUGCAACGCAAGAACCCUCGUCGUUUGUCCUGGACUCAACUCUACCGUAGCAUGCACAAGAAGGGUGUUUCGGUUGAGCAAGCUAAGAAGCGCACUCGCCGUACCGUCAAGCACCAACGUGGAGUUGUCGGUGCCGACCUCAGCGUCAUCAAGGAGAAGCGUAACCAACGCCCCGAGGUUCGUGCUGCCGCUCGUACUGCCGCUUUGAAGGCCCACAAGGAGAAGAAGGCUACUUCUGAGGCUGCCAAGAAGGCCAACAAGGCCAAGGCUGCUGCCUCUAACGCUCGUGGUCAAGCCCUCAAGACCGCUAAGGUCGCUGCCCGUCGUUAGGUUGUAAUGAUUCAAUAAACAAUCUAUCUCGGAUGUGAAACUGA